GUCAAAGUUGUAACAAAAUUGCAAAAUUGGCUUGACGGCUUUUGUGUAAUUUCGGCGGAAAAUGUUUUAAACUUUUCUACUGUUAUUUACCCAGUCAACAAACUUAUAUUCACAGAAAUUGGGAGCCCUAGUAUACUACAAUCAUGGACGACCAAGCUUGUCCCCGGUGUAAAACCACAAAAUACAGAAAUCCUUCACUGAAGUUGAUGGUAAACGUUUGUGGCCAUGCUUUAUGUGAAAGCUGCGUUGAUUUACUGUUCCUAAAAGGUUCUGGUUCCUGCCCAGAUUGCAAUGUACCACUCCGUCGCAGUAACUUCCGAGUCCAAUUAUUCGAAGACCCCAUGGUAGAGAAAGAAAUUGAUAUCAGAAAGCGAGUUCUUAAAGAUUAUAAUAAGAAAGAAGAGGAUUUUGCUUCAUUACGGGAAUACAAUGAUUAUUUGGAGGAAAUUGAGACAAUUGUUUAUAAUUUAACUAAUAACAUAGAUAUUGUUGGCACUAAUAAAAGGAUAGAACAGUACAAAAAAGAUAAUAAGGAAAUUAUAAUGAAGAAUAAAGCUAAAAUAGGCAGAGAAGAAGUUGAAUUAGAAGAGAUAUUAGAAAUAGAGAAGCAGAUGGAAGAACUUCGCAGAGCAGAGAUAAGCCGCUUAGAACAAGAAGCAAAAAAGCAGAAGAUUAGAGAAAAAGAGGCUUUGAUUGAUGAGCUGAUGUUUGCAGAGGGUGAUGCCAAAGAUAUACUCAAUACAUUCGCACAGAAUAAAGCUAAUAAGCAGGAAGAGGUGUUGCCUGCUGUGCCAAAGGUAACUCAAUUCUCAACUGGUGUGAAAUUCACGCGAGUAUCAACACAGCCAACGUUGCCGCUAAUUGAAGAAGGCCCGCUAUACAAGUAUGAGCCCCCGGUUGUUCCUGACCGGUGCGGACCAGACCCACCUUCUAUUGAGGAUAUUGUUGCUCUCGGAUAUCUGAAACAUGUCAGAGCAGAGAACGAGACAGAGAAGGCAGGCGGCUACAAAUCAACAUUACCAUGCUUACGUGCCCUCCAAGAUGCUCUAACGGGCCUGUACCACGCGAGCUGACCAGACGCAGCCGCCGCCGAUACUGUCAUAGUAUUAGAUUGAGAGCGGUAGAUGGCGCUAGUGAAGUGUUUCAAUUGUGGACUCUGUGUAGUGAGGAAUAAAGACGAAUUUCGAAUGUGUUGUCCUUGUGGUUUAGUAAUUGCUGGUUUUAAGUGUGGUAUAGUUUUCGGCAAACUUAAUGGCAGUUCGCAACUAACUUCCCAUCAUUUUUACUCGUACGAUGUUCCGAGCCGCUAUAAAGAUUGUCGAGAACUAUAAGAUCUGUAUGUAAUGUAAGGCAUUGAAGUAGCUUAGCAUGUGGUAGCUACUCAAAUAUUCUGUUAAUGUGUUUUUGUUGUAUUUUAAAUGACAGAAAUUAUGCCCACAUUGCUAAGCAACUACCUUUCUGAGUCUAAUUAAUAUCAACUGAUGAAUAAGGUAUUUUCGGGCACUACUAGUUUAACGCAGCUAAAGAUAUGUAUUAAAAGUGCCAAAAAUGAUUUUUACGUGUGUAAUGCCUAAUGUCAAUGUGUCUAAUGUGUAAUGUCUUGAAAAAAGGUUGGAAUGGAAAUAUGGUUGGAAUAUAACUGAUGAGUCUGGCAUCGUAAGGACCAUUUUAGUACCACGAAAACGUCUACACUAGCGCCACCGCUUUCAAGUGGGUAAAUGCGGAGUUUGAAUGAAUGGUGAACAACGGCAAUAACAAGACAGUAUGGCGGAAAAAAGUAUUGUAAAUGGAGAUUCCAUCUUUGUGUAAAUGUUUUUCAUAAUUUAAUAAUGUUAGAAAAUAAGGUACGGAUAUUAGAAAGCUAGAUAGUAAUCGCUAAGAUAGAUUAAACGAAAUACCUAAGUCACUUUUGCAAAAGUACUGGCAGUUUAUAGUCUAUCUCAUUCUGUCUUUAGCAUAUUUCAUAUCGUCUAUCCCUUUCUAUCUUCACUAAUGCUCCAUAGGUUUUGUAAGGAGGUUGCCAAUGUAAAUAAAUGUACAUAAGUUGUUAUGUAACGUUGUUAGCUAACUUAAGUACUUAUUUAAAUACAUUGUCGCGUGGAUUGUUGUUAAUUGCUGUUGUUUUGUGAUAAUUAAAGUGAGUGAGAAUUA